UUAUUCAGUUUCUCGUAAUGCGUGGAAAGUAAGCAAACAAAUUGGAUUUUACAAAAAUCAUAAAGUUUUAUCUUAUUUUUAAUUUUUUUUUAAAUUUAAACAAUGGUAGAUUGUUUAUUCGCCGCUGGUGCAAAAUAUAUUCGUUUUACAAUAUUCAUAAACUAUUGUGGAAGUUUGUAGAAUUUAUUGUUUAGUUCUUAGUUGGUAAUUUUUGUGGUAACAUCGGCUUGAAAGUAUGCGAUUUAUUAGUUAAAAGGGUGGACUUUUAGUAUUGUUUUUUAUAAAAAUGUUAACCGGAUGGAGAUUGGCACUUUCAAAAUGUUUUUUAAUACCCCAAAGAUACAUUCUUGGCAUAAUGGGAUUCUUUGCCAUCGUCAAUGCUUACACAAUGAGAGUAUCAUUGUCUCUGGCAAUCACAGAAAUGGUGGUACCUUUAAAAGCCACAGAUUAUUAUGAUCCCGAUGCUUGUAUACCGGAAAAGUCAAAUGUUUCAAUAAGCGCCAUCAAAGACCAAAGCACCCUUUAUAAUUGGGACGAAAAAACCCAAGGUCUAAUCUUGAGCUCCUUCUACUGGGGCUACAUCCUCACUCAUCUACCAGGAGGCGUUUUAGCCGAAAAGUUUGGCGGAAAAUACUCAUUAGGCUUAGGAAUCCUAUCCACAGCCAUUUUCACAUUAAUUACCCCAUGGGUGAUCAUCGGAACUGGAGGAAACUGGAAAGCACUAGUCGCUUUGAGGUUCAUCGAAGGACUCGGCGAAGGUACCACUUAUCCGGCUUUGACGGCGCUUUUAGCCAAAUGGGUACCGCUCAAAGAAAGAGCCACUAUAGGAAGUUUGGUGUAUGCAGGCAGUCAGUUCGGUACUAUUCUAAGUAACUCAAUAAGUGGUGCACUAAUUAGACAAACAGAAGACUGGGCUUCGGUGUUCUAUUUUUUCGGAGGCUUAGGAGUUGUGUGGUUUAUUUUGUGGGUACUUUUAUGUUACUCCGACCCUAACAGUCAUCCCUUUAUAAGUGAUAAGGAAAAAGAGUAUUUAAACAAAGAGCUGGCAAGUGUUUCGAGUGACAAACUACCAAUUCCAUGGAAAGCUAUUUUAACUUCAGUGCCAGUAUGGGCUUUGGUUAUUACACAAGUCGGACACGAUUGGGGCUUUUUUACUAUGGUUACUGAUUUGCCUAAGUACAUGAAAGACGUACUUAAAUUCAAUGUGUCUCAAAAUGGAGUCUGGUCUUCGGUGCCUUACAUUGUCAUGUGGUUAACUUCGUUGGGUUCCGGAUGGCUGUGCGACUUUUUGGUCAGAAAAAACAUCAUGUCUUUAACAUUUUCUAGGAAAUUUUUCACUUCAAUCGCUUCUAUGGGUCCAGCAAUAUUCAUUCUAAUAGCAUCCUAUGUUGGGUGCGAUAGAAUGUUAGCAGUAGCAAUGUUUACUAUUGCAAUGGGCUUAAUGGGUUGCUACUAUUGCGGCAUGAAGAUAAACGCUUUGGAUUUGAGUCCGAAUUUUGCUGGCACCCUUAUGGCCAUCAUAAAUGGACUUGGUGCGACCAGUGGAAUCGUUACUCCGUACUUAGCAGGAGCUUUAACUGAAGAUCAUACAUUGAUUCAAUGGAGAUUAGUGUUCUGGAUAACUUUUGGAGUGUUUGCGGUUACCAAUAUGGUUUAUUUAAUUUUUGGUACCGGCAAGGAACAAAGUUGGAACAAUCCGGAAUUUAAUUCGAAAACUAGAAAUGUUACUGGUGAUAAAUCCGAAAUGGGUAACGGAAACAGUAUCAGAGAUUACGAAGAAGAAGGCAAGACGAAAAUAUAAGUAAUGAUAUUUAUUUAUAUGAUCUAGAUCUAUAGCUUUUGUUGAGUAUUAAUUUUAAUAUAAAUUUUUUGUUUUACAUGUU